AUGCAGCCCAUCUCAUCUGCCGUGCCAGUGGACACGUACACGGCGCCACUUGUGAACGCCUCUUACAAGCGCGCGAACGGCGAGGCACCUCUUUCCCGUAGCCGUGUGAACGACGGGCAGCACCCCUACGUGCCAGCGCUGGUGCGCCCCCAGCUGCAGUGCUUCUCUGAAAAUGAUAUACGUGCGCUAGAGCUGCGGAUGGAGUAUCAGGCGCGGGCUGCCGCGCGCAGCCAGCGCAUUGACGCGCGUGCCAGCCGCGUCUCCGCUGCGGCCCAUGCUGCAGCGGAGCAGCGCAGCGUGGUGCUGCGCCAACGGGCUGCUCGACAUGCCAAGGCGGCCGGUGAGGCAUGCGUAAAGAAGAUUCAGGAGGAUUACCGCACCAUGGGCGUGUGA